CUAGCCACCACAGGCUUUUACUCGGUGGCUUCCGGCUGGAUUUCGUCUGAGUCCAGCAUUACGGCUCCCUGACGGGCUCUGCACGUGCGCCGCCGCAGCGUGGGCUCCGGCGACCCUGCUGUCCCUCGGCAUGUUCGAGGAGCCCGAGUGGGUCGAGGCGGCCCCAGCAGUCGUGGGCCUCCAUCCCGCGACAACGCAGACCCGGCCGGCGACUGCCCCGCCAGUUAAGGGCCGCAAACGCCGCCAUCUCCUAGCCACAUUACGGACCCUGGAAGCAGCAUCUCUUUCCCGGAAAUCCCCCAGCCCCCCUGGCAGCGAUUCUGAGGAGGAGGAGGUAGGAAGGAAGAAUAAAUACCUCCAAAGGACCUCACUUGCCAAUACCUCUAAGGAAGUAGGGGAGAAAAGAAAAAGAAAAUGUCAAAAACAGGUGUCAUCUGUCAGUGACUCUGAGGACAAGGAAGUAGAAAGGAAAUGCUUAAGACAAAUUUCUCUUGGUGGGAUCUCUACUGAAGAAGAAAAAGGAAAGAGGAAAUGCCAGAAAUAUUCCCACUCACACCCAACCCAGCCCCUGGACAGUGUUGGCCAAACAGUUCACAAUUCGAGGACAAGUAAUGCUACAAUUGACCCAUUCAAGCCAAGCCCUGAGUCCACAUCCUGUAACUCCUUACAUACCUUGAGCCGCAAACAGUGGCGGAACCGGCAGAAGAACAAGCGGAGACACAAGAACAAAUUUCGGCCACUUCAGACACCAGAGCAGGUUCCUUCCAAAGCUUCCACAGAGGAGACUGAGACGCUUCCUGCACCAGCAUCAGACGAUCUGCAGGCUCGCGCUGGAGCCCUGCGAGCACGCAUGACACAACGGCUGGAUGGGGCGCGAUUUCGAUACCUUAACGAACAGUUGUACUCAGGGCCCAGCAGUGCUGCCCAGCGCCUCUUCCAGGAAGACCCUGAGGCUUUUCUGCUCUAUCACCGUGGCUUUCAGAAACAAGUGAAGAAGUGGCCACUGCACCCAGUGGAUCGUAUUGCCAAAGAUCUCCGCCAGAAGCCUGCAUCCUUGGUGGUAGCUGACUUUGGCUGUGGAGAUUGCCGCCUAGCUUCAAGUGUUCGGAACCCUGUACACUGUUUUGACUUGGCCUCUCUGGACCCCAGGGUCACUGUAUGUGACAUGGCCCAGGUGCCUCUGGAGGAUGAAUCUGUGGAUGUGGCUGUGUUUUGCCUUUCACUAAUGGGAACUAACAUCAGGGACUUCCUUGAGGAGGCAAAUCGAGUGCUGAAACCAGGGGGUCUGCUCAAAGUAGCUGAAGUCAGCAGCCGCUUUGAGGAUAUUCGGACAUUUUUGGGGGCUGUGACCAAACUUGGCUUUAAGGUCAUCUACAAGGACCUGACCAACAGCCACUUCUUCUUGUUUGACUUUGAAAAGACUGGGCCUCCUCGAGUUGGACCCAAAGCCCAACUCUCAGGCCUGAAACUUCAGCCCUGUCUCUACAAGCGCAGGUGAUCAGUGUAUACCUGUUAAAAGGGGAGGGCUCAGACUCCAAACUCAGAACUCUGAAGACUGGACCUGCCUACGCUGUGAGCCAGGACCUGGUGCCACCCUCCUUCUGUACCAAGAAUACUGCUCAGCUCUACUCUGCUGGAGCCGCCUUGACUACAAACAGCAUGUAGUUACCUGAGCAGUCUCAAAAAUGAGGAGUUUAUUGUGAAGGGUUUGGUGUAUCUAGGAACUGUGGGUCCUUUCAGAUAUCAUGUAAAGUAGUUGGCUUGGAAUUGAUGGAUCUCUGGGUUUGGUUUCUCUUCACUUUUCAGAAGGCUCGUGGGCACUCCACUGUGCCAUCUUCUGUGUUGUCUAGUCUCUGCUCGUCCAUAGUUUCUGCUCCUUGAACUACAAGGCUACAGACACACAGCUUUUGUCUCAUGGCAGGUCCCAGUGCUAGUUUGCCAGUUGGGGCUGGGAGUUAUUUAAUUUCAUUUUUGGAGCUGAGAAUCAUUUAAUUUCUUUUUUUUUUUUCUUUCCUUCCGUCCUUCCUGUUGUUGUUUUGAGACAGCAUCUCACACUAGUCCAGGCUAACCUCAAAUGGCAGUUCUCCUGCCUCAGCCUCAUAAUUAUUGGGAUUACAGGCGAGGGUCGCUAUACCCAGCUUAAUCACUUAAUUUCUGACUAUUCCAUUUCUCGUUUGAAAAAUGUAGAAGUUUUGUGUUACAGCAUGUUAACUGAGUUAACUGGUAGAGUUAUCUGCAAGGUUCAUUAUGAUGCAUUCCCAGCACUCUCCUAUCAUUUCUGGUUCUGUAGAUCUGCUUAGGGUCCUAGAAAUUCUUUUCUGGUGGCUUUGGGUUUUCUCCUUGAAGGAGGAAGCAAAAUUUAUUCAUUAAAAGUAAAUGUGGCAAGAGGACUGGGAUUUUGAGAAGAUGAAGACCAUUUCGAGGAGAAUAGGUGAGAAUGAGUAAUGAUUGGGUGUGGUGGCACAUGCCUUUAAUUCCAGCACUUGGGAGGCAGAAGCAGGCCCCAGGGGAUACACAGUGAGACCCUGAACUAAGGAAGCAUAGAAGUAUUGGUAGUGUUAAUAACACACUAAGUUCAGUCAUGAGAGGAUGGGAGCAUGGUACACGGUUGUGUCAGGAGCUUAUUACUUGCCCUUACUACUGGUCUAUCAGAACCCAGCCCCCAGAUGGAGGAAAGGGGAAAGGGUCAGGAUUUGCCCACUGCCCACAAUUCCAGCUAAGGUGUACUGGGACCAUAAGGGAAGCAUGAGGUAUUUAUUCCUACUGCUGAGGAUUUGAUGAGCCUAGAAUUACUCCUGCCCUGAAAAAUAAAGGCAAGGAAAAGCUCAGAGGCUGGAUGGUGUGGCAGUGGGUGCUGCUGCUUUGACACUGGCUUGCAUUCGCAGAAGGUGCCCUGACGAUUUCCUUAUGCUCCUGACAGCCCUGGCAAGAGCAUAUGCAUAUCUUCUGUACAUCUUUUGCUAAGUGUAAGGUGAACUUGGGUCCAGUCCCAUGGUACCAUUUUGAAGAGAUAAAGAGACUUUACAACAAGCAGCAAGGAGUCAGGCAUUUGGGCUGAUGGAAUGGUUUCAGGAGGCCACCCGGAAUAGUGUAGUAUAUAUGGGGCAGUAACAGGGAUUUUCCCCUUUGAAUGUCCACCAGACCUGUUAUUCAAACCACCGAGUCAAGCCAGACUUGCAUUUCCUUGACUCUCCUACUCAGUAAUUGUGCUUGGAAUUAUUAGCAAGGAGAUGGGAAAAAGUUAUGGCGAUCAGGGAGCUCUCCUCCAUUUUCCAAUGCAGUCUCUCUGACUUAGGUGAGGCAAAGCUGGAAGGGAGAUUUAAAGCUACCACAGGGGCCAGUUACUUACUGUUACACAGAAUUAUACAUGCUGAUUUAUAUUAUUUAUUCCUUGAGCUGAUCACGUUAACUAAGAAUAUCACAGUGGGGGAGGGUCAGAUGUUUCUGUGGUUGAGAAUACUGGCUGCUCUUGGGAAAGAAUGCAGGUUCCAUUCCCAGUACCCACAAAGUAGCUUGUAACCUUUAUCAGACUCCAAUGCCCAUUUUGGCUUCUGGGCACACCAGGCUCGCUUGUGGUUCACAGACAUACAUGCAGGCAAAACACGCAUAAAACAAAGUAAAAUAAAUUAAUGAAUAAACAGAUUAUAGGCUUGCUACAGCCUCAAGCAAAGCUAAGUAAACAAACAAACAAAUAGAACAAGAAGAUUAUAGGCUUGCUUCAGCGUUUCUCCACGGCAGACAGAGUUUACUCCUUUAGGAUUAUAGGAGCCAAGAAUAAAGCCGGGUAUGGAUAUCGAUCUAGACCUGGAUCAUGUUCAGUAUCCCUUUCAGAGCUCUCCAAGCAGAGUGUUCUGCAAUUAUUUGUGUGCUCCUAAUUUUGUUCCCGUAAAAUAGUCCUUAGAGAGAACAUAGUUCCAAAAGAAACAGUGUGAUCUUGGCAGAGACAGCUCAGCUCCAAGUACUCAGCAGUUACGUAACCACACAAAGCCCUCUGGUGCUCACAGAGACUAGUAAUGCGAGCCUCUCAGGCCCAGGUCAUCCUCCCUCCCAGGUGCGUUCUCUAACUAGCCACCUGGUUGUCGGACUUUUGGCUACUGCAGUGAUUGCUAUGGGGAUUUAAUUGCCUCUGCUUCCCAAAGCAAUUCAUUUUCCGUACUGCCAAGUGAUCUUUGUGAAAAUGUAAAUCAGAUUAUGUCACCUCUCUGUAAAAUCUUUCAAUGGUUCUCAUUGCUUGAGAACAAAAGACAGACUGCUUCCCAGGUCCUGUGUGAUCCUAUGCAGGCUUUGUUCUGCCGCUCAGCUGCAUCUUAACUCCUCAGUUCUCCAGCAGGAGCUUGCUAGUCACUCCCCCCGCACUCCGUGCCCUCUCUACUUCUAUACAUGACCCCUCCAUCUUCUUAAAAUACUCCUUCUGUCAACUAAUUUAUUUUCAUUUUCUGGAUCUCCUUACCAGUGACAUGUCUCACUUUCCUGUGGAAGAAUUCCCCCGGAGCCCUUCUGGACAUACAAUUAAACUAUAUUUUCCAACACUGUACAUUAGGCUAUGGAUAGUAGGAGUGAUUUUUUUUUUUUUUUCGAGACAAGGAUUCUCUGUUGCUUUGGAGCCUGUCCUGGCACUAGCUCUUGUAGACCACACUGGCCUGGAACUCACAGAGAUCUGCCUGCCUCCACUGCCCAGCUUGUUUUCAUACCAGACUGAGAGGCAGUUGAGCUGCUUCCGUUUUCUUCCAUUCCCUGCCCUACUUAGGAAGGACAGGUUUUGAAGGUGAUGCAGUCAUAGUAUACAAGAAGUUUGGAG